UGAAGAAUAACUCAUUGAUCGAUCUCCAGCAGGACGUACAGUUGGUUUGUGCUUACCGUUUUCAAGAAGUUAUCUGGGGAAAAACCUGCGCGUUAUUCCUUAAACGCCAAUUUCUUAUUUUCACUUGGACGAACAAACAGGGCAGCUGCAAUGUGGAUUCAAGUGCGCACAAUGGAUGGGAAGGAGACUCACCGGGUAGAUUCCCUGUCCAAACUCACCAAGGUGGAUGAGUUGCGUGUCAAAAUCAUGGAGCUCUUCAAGGUGGAACCAGAAAGACAGCGACUGUUCUACCGUGGCAAGCAGAUGGAGGAUGGCCAUACCAUAUUUGACUACAACGUUGGACUCAACGAUAUAGUGCAGCUGCUUGUCAGGCAGAAGGUUGCCCCUGUUGAUGUUGUCAAAAACAUGGACAAAGAAGCAGAGCUCUCUGACUCUGAUUCUGGCUGUGGCUCAACCCAGAGUGAAUCUGACAAGAGUUCCACUCACGGUGAGGUGGAGGGUCAAACUCCCAGCACCUCUGCUCAGACAAACACCCCAGAGCUCAUUGAUGCAGAGUUUGGAUUUUACAAGAUCAAUGAGCUGGUGGAUGCAAGAGACUUGAACAUGGGAGCUUGGUUUGAAGCCCAGAUCACAAAUGUUACAAAGACCACCAAGACGCCUACAGCGGAUGCUACAGAGGCCCAGCCUUCAGAGGAAGAGAUACUGUACCAUGUUAAAUAUGAAGACUACCCAGAGAACGGGGUGAUUCCGUUGCUGACAAAGGAUGUUCGCCCACGGGCCCGUACACUGUACCAGUGGCAUCAGUUGGAACCAGGAAUGGUUGUUAUGGUAAACUACAACCCAGAUGACCCCAAGGAGCGUGGAUACUGGUAUGACGCUGAGAUCCAAAAGAAGAGGGAGACACGCACCCUGAGAGAAGUCUAUGCCAAGAUUAUCCUUGGUGAUGCUGGUGACUCUCUAAAUGAUUGCCGGAUCAAGUACCUGACUGAAAUCUAUAAAAUUGAGGACCCUGGUUCCCUCACUGAUGCACCAGCUGGAUCUGAGAGUCCACAAAAAAGAUCAAAUGGACCCGAGUGUAAGCACUGUAAGGACGACCUAAAAAAAAACUGCCGCUUUUGUAACUGCCACAUCUGCGGCAUCAAGCAGGAUCCUGACAAACAGCUGCUGUGUGAUGAAUGUGACAUGGCCUAUCACACGUACUGCCUGAACCCCCCGCUUACUUCCAUCCCUGAAGACGAGGACUGGUAUUGCCCAGGUUGUCGUAAUGAUGCCAGCGAGGUUGUGUUGGCUGGAGAGAAGCUGAAGGAGAGCAAGAAGAAAGCAAAGAUGGCUUCCGCCAGCUCUUCCAGCCAAAGGGACUGGGGCAAAGGAAUGGCCUGUGUCGGUCGAACCAAGGAGUGCACUAUAGUCCCGUCCAACCACUACGGCCCAAUCCCUGGAGUCCCAGUUGGCUCCUUGUGGAAGUUCAGAGUACAGGUCAGUGAGGCUGGAGUCCACAGGCCUCAUGUAGCAGGAAUUCACGGCAGAAGCAAUGAUGGUGCCUUUUCUCUUGUCCUUGCUGGAGGAUAUGAAGAUGAUGUGGAUGAUGGCAAUGAGUUCACUUACACUGGCUCUGGAGGACGAGAUCUGUCUGGAAAUAAGAGGACUGCUGAACAGUCAUGUGAUCAAACACUUACCCACAUGAACCGAGCGGUGGCUCUCAACUGCAAUGUCCCAGUCAAUGACAAAAAUGGUGCGGAGUCCAAGAACUGGAAGGCAGGCAAACCAGUCAGAGUUGUGCGCAGCUGCAAGGGUCGCAAGCACAGCAAAUAUUGCCCGGAGGAAGGAAACCGAUAUGAUGGAAUUUAUAAGGUGGUAAAGUACUGGCCAGCAAAAGGCAAGUCUGGUUUCUUGGUCUGGAGGUAUCUGCUGAAACGUGACGAUGAUGAGCCAGCGCCAUGGACCAGAGAUGGCAAGGAACGCAUCAAGAAGCUCGGCCUCACCAUGCAGUAUCCUGCUGGCUACCAGAAAGAGAAGGAGAACAAAAAUGAAGUGGAUGAGGAGUCGGCAACACCCAACAAGGCAAAGAGAAAGCGAAAAUCUCAGGGCAGUGAAUCCUCCAAAACUUCACCUUCCAAGACUCCUAAGAAAAUCAAAGUGGAAGUAUUCAAGCUUUCUCAGCAGCAGAAGGCCCUCAUCAGGAGUGAUAAGCUAAACAAGAAGCUGUGGGAUGAAGCCAUGGAGUCACUGUCUCUCGGACCGAAAUUUUUGAAUAAGGUUGAAGAAGUUUUCCUCUGCAUUUGCUGCCAAGAAGUGGUCUUUCAGCCCAUCACCACAGAGUGCCAACACAACGUCUGCAGGGAAUGUCUUCAGCGGUCCUUCAAAGCAGAUGUGUACACCUGCCCGGCCUGCAGACACGACCUGGGCAAAAACUACUCGAUGGAUGUCAACAAACCUCUGCAAGACAUUCUUAAUCAGUUUUUCCCAGGGUACAGCAACGGGCGAUGAUCACUGGCUCUGCUCACUCGGUCUUCGAGGAAACGCAAUGUAACUGUAAGGGGAAUUUUCAGUCACCUCAAUAAAAAAUCGGUUUCUCUUAAUAUAUUUUUUAUGACUAUGAAACUACAAUGUUUUUGGACUUCAGUGUUGCCAUUUUUCACCUUGAAUCUGCAAUGAUUUGUAGUUAGUUACUGAUAAAUUGAAAAUUUCUUUAACUGCCUGUCCCAUUACUCCGUUAAUAUGUUCAACUGUGAUUUUACUCCGUGUUUUGUUCUGUUCCAUUAACUAAUGCAAAUGUUAUCACUGAUGAAGUAAACCCUCUGUUAAGCACUCCUCAGGAGAACCUUAAGACAUUUACCAGUUUGGAGAUUUAUUUGUAAAGGAUUAUAAUCUCGAUCAGAUAUUAAUUUGGCUGUGGCUAGUAAUUGAUUUGAGGCAAUCUUUUUAUUCUUAUCAUGCAGUCAGGAUUUUAAUUGGUUUGUAUUCAUCUGACCUGGAAGACUUGUGUAUCUCUUAUUUUCUUGUACUUUUCUGUAUGGGGGAUUUCUACUUUCAAAAAAGAAACCUGUGUUUACAAACACUGCUGCGUGAUGUGGUUUGUUUAGUUGACAAACCACACUGUUAUGGUCAUGUUGUUAUUACGAAUCACAAAUGUGCCACUUUGUUUUGACCUGGAAUGAUCACAUUUGACAUUGCAUUAAGGUGGAAAGUAGGGUAAAUGAGGCAUUUCAAUCUACAGUUGAUUGGUUAAAUGUAGGAGACCUCUUGAACCAGCAUAAACUGGACUAGUUAUUUUUCCCUGUGCAGCAGUCUCACGGAAAGUGUCAUGUUGGGGAAAACGGUGUCAUCAAUCCUGUGUAUUGGGUCCCUUUUUUUUGUCGUAGAUUAAAUUUCUGAAAGUUGGUUUAAAAGUUUCUAUGAAUUUGAUAGAAACUUAAGAAACCAAACAUGUUAGAAUUUUAAGUGAUAGGAUUGGAUUUCCCAUUUGGAAAAGGUUCACUUUCAUAAUGUCCAAAGAAAGAAAAUGUGCUUAACCUUGGAUGAAAUGUAGAACUCCCGUCUCUUUAGCUCUUUAGACAAUGUCCCUGAUACUUAAACCUAAUCAGUCUAGAAGCUGCUGCUUCUUCCUUUUUUUUGUGUAAAAUUAAAAUGUGUACAUUUAAUCUUUUAUAAUCUUAUGGUCAUUUGUGGGAGGGGGCUGUUUUAAUUUGUCUUAAGCAUUCAUUUAUUAAAAAAAACCCUGAGUAAAUUGAACACACUGCUCCUGAAAUUCAAUAUUUAAUCAAUGAUUUCACUGCUUUCUUUUUUUUGGUGAAAGUCUGCAAUGUUUGGUAUUUCAUUUCAACAGCAGUGUGUGACAGUGUCCAUCCACAUGGCAGCACUUUGGAGUUUUUUUGGGGAGACAAAGAUUUGCAUAGAUGGGGAAAUGUAUAUUUUCUAAAAUUGUACAAUUUUUAGUCUGUUUUAGUUUUGAUAUGUAGUUUUUAGAGAUGCCUGCACGUUUGGUGCAAAUGUUGUGUCAAUAAAUUUCCAUUGUUCAAUAAAAAGGGUUAAAUAUG